UAUAUUGGUUGUGAUCUGGGCACGAAUUUUUUGAAAUCUAAAAUGAGGAAUCAGCUGACUUCCUCAUCGUUGCAUUCUUUGUGCUUUCUUCUUAGUAUGUCUCUGUUCUUCCAUUCUACAGCUUCAGAAGUGGGGAGUUACUUGGCAAGAGGUGCAACUCUCUCUGUGCAAGAUGAGAAGGGAUUCAUCAGAUCCCCAGAUAAGUCAUUCACUUGUGGGUUUCUCGGAGAUGGAAGCAACGCUUAUUGGUUUGCAAUCUGGUUCACCAAUUCAAGAGACAAAACAGUGGUUUGGAUGGCUAACAGAGACAGGCCCGUUAAUGGGCGCGGCUCAAAGCUGUCCCUCAGGCGAAAUGGAGCCAUGGUCUUGACAGAUAUCGAUGGCAUAGUUGUAUGGCAAACCAACCCCACCUCGACUGAUGUGUCUAGAGCAGAGCUUCUUGAUUCCGGCAACCUUGUUCUCAAAAACUUCAAUGGUGAUAUGCUCUGGCAGAGCUUUGAUUAUCCUACCGAUACUCUAUUGCCUACUCAAAAAUUCACCAAGAAUAAAAGGUUGGUGUCUCCCUUGAGAAAAGGAAGCUAUGAAUCUGGUUACUUCAAUUUGUAUUUCGACAGCGACAACGCUUUGAGAUUGAUUUAUGACGGGCCUGAGAUAUCGAGUAUAUAUUGGCCUAACCCCGAUUUUAAUGUAUACGUGAAUGGACGAACAAACUGGAACAGCACAAGAAUUGCUGCUUUGGAUGAUAUAGGCAGGUUUACGUCAAGCGAUCAGUUGCAAUUCAAUGUCACUGAUGCGGGUCCAGGGAUCAAACGAAGGAUGACAAUUGACUACGAUGGAAAUCUCAGAGUCUCCAGCUUGUUCAGUUCAACUGGAUUGUGGGAGAUAUCCUGGCAAGCUCUUGCACAACCGUGUGCUGUUCGCGGGCUGUGCGGAAGAAAUGGGAUUUGUGUCUAUUCCACCACGGGGAUGGCCAAGUGUUCCUGUCCUCCUGGGUUUGUGGUUAGUGACCCCAGUGAUUGGAAUAAAGGCUGCAAGGCCAGAUUCAACCUCAGUCGGUCCAAUCCUCAGGCAGUGAAAUUUGUGGCUAUUCCAAACGCAGAUUACUAUGGUUUUGAUCUCAAUUCCACCCAAUCCAUUACAUUUGAAGCUUGCAGGAACAUCUGCCUGGGGGAUUCCAGUUGCCAAGCAUUUGGCUACAGGAUAACAGGAUGGGGAAAUUGUUAUUUAAAAAGUGCACUUUUCAAUGGCUAUUUAACUCCGGAUUUCCCUGGAACCAUCUACAUCAAAGUGCCUCAAAGUUUACAAAUAUCAGAACCGGUAACUCUUCAAGGUUCCGGUCCCAUUUGUGGAUCCAAGGAUGCAGAACUAUUAAUAGGUUCCUCUUCUAUGUAUGAUGCAGUGGGGAGAAGAGUGAAAUGGGUUUAUCUGUACUCAUUCGCUUCUGCACUCGGUGCAAUCGAACUUCUAUUUGUUUCUCUGGGCUGGUUUUUCCUGUUCAGGAAAACGGGUGUUCCGGCUACAGUUGAGGCCGGAUAUCAGAUGAUAGCAAGUCAGUUUAGAAGAUUUGGCUACGAUGAACUCAAUAAGGCAACCAAAAAUUUCAAGGAAGAGCUUGGGAGAGGAGGCUCUGGAUCUGUUUACAAAGGUGUCUUGGCAGAUGGCAGGGAGGUGGGUGUAAAGAGGCUGGGAGAUGUAUUUCAGGCUGAACAAGAAUUUUGGGCAGAAGUGAGCACCAUAGGCAAAAUCAAUCACAUGAAUCUGGUAAGAAUGUGGGGAUAUUGUUCAGAGAAGAGACGCAAACUUCUGGUGUACGAGUAUGUAGAAAACUCGUCUCUUGACAAGCAUCUUUUUAGCAGGAAAAAUUUUCUCGGAUGGGAACAGAGGUUUGCGGUGGCACUGGGGACAGCAAAAGGUCUGGCCUAUCUUCACCAUGAAUGUCUAGAAUGGGUCAUCCACUGUGAUGUAAAGCCAGAAAACAUACUUCUUGAUGGGGACCUUCAACCCAAGAUUGCUGAUUUUGGGCUGGCAAAGCUGUUUCAGAGAGGGGGAGGACCAGGCUCGGAGUUCUCAAGGAUCAGAGGAACAAAAGGGUACAUGGCUCCAGAAUGGGCUCUGAAUCAACCAAUUACUGCAAAAGUGGACGUUUACAGCUACGGAGUUGUGAUCCUGGAGAUGGUUAAUGGGAUUAGGCUCUCGAAUUGGGCGACAGAUGAUGGUGACGAGCAAGAAGCGGAGCUGACCAAAUGUGUGAGGAUAAUCAAGAGGAAAAUUCAGCAAGGGGAGGAGUCCUGGAUGGAGGAUAUCGUGGACACAAGAUUGCAAGGGAAAUACAGUAGGAAGCAAGUGGCAACGUUAAUCGGGGUUGGUAUUUCCUGCGUGGAGGAAGACAGGAAGAAGCGGCCCACAAUGGCUUCGGUGGUUCAAACUCUACUAGAAUGCGACGACUAUACCACUCUGCCUCAGUAAAUCCUGUAGCUUCAGCUUGGAAUUGGAUGCCCGGCAUUUUUGUUCAACUGUAACUAGGAGGAAUAGACCGUGCAAGGAUGGAGAUGCCCAGUUUAGUAAAAUAAUUUGUACUAAUCCAAAAUGGAUCAUUAAUGAAAUUUGUUUGUUUUUGAUGGAUUUUGGUAACAAAUAAACCAAAAUAAAAUAUUGAACCAAAACUGAGCAAACUUUCAUCUAA